CUCCAGCUUUAUGUUGCCACAGAAGCAGUCCUGAUCACCAUACUGGGAGCUACGCCGCCUUACCACUGGGAGACUGAUGGCCUUGUGAGAAACUUUAACCAAGAGAAUGAGACACAAAAACAGUUAUCUGGGAGUUCGGGGGCAGCAACCAACCUAAGCCUGAGGAGCCUGCACUUUGAUGGCAACUUUACGUCUAUUGCAUCUGAGUGGUUGCUAGUGGGCAGCUCAGCGUAUGAAGUCAGUGCAGCCAGCUCUGUAUUUUUCGGGGGAGUGCUGAUUGGCGUCAUCUCGUUUGGACAAUUGUCAGACCGUUUUGGGAGGAAACCUGUGUAUGUGACAGGUCUAGCGCUGGAUGUCCUUUUCUCUCUGCUCAACGCUCUGUCUCCAUCUCUCUCCCUUUUCCUCGUCACUCGGUUCAUUGUCGGAGUUAUGAAUGGAGGAAUGUCUCUCGUGGCCUUUGUGCUGCUUAAUGAAUACAUCGGGUCGGCGUACUGGGCAAUCGCUGGCUCGAUCGGAGGUCUGUGUUUUGCUCUGGGCAUCUCUCAGUUUGCCCUCAUUGGAUAUUUUAUCCGUUCCUGGAGACUGCUGGCUCUGCUGGUGAAUGUGCAGGGUGCAUGCGUGUUCCUGCUGUCACUGUGUAUCCCAGAAUCGCCGCGCUGGCUGUACGCUCAGGGACGGCUCCAUGAAGCAAAAAAUUCUCUGCUCUCUAUUGGCCGCAGAAACUGCCGAAAAAUGAGCUCUUUUUCCCUUUCUCCAAAGCAAAGAGACAGCGUAAGCCACGGUAACAUCCUCACUAUAUUCCGGCACAAAGCUCUGCAGCGUCGCACUCUCAUCAUGAUGUGGGUUUGGUAA